GGAAAAUGUAAACACCCGAGGCAUUCCGAGGAGAAUGGCGGCAUCUUUCAAAGGGAACACAAAAAGCCAAAAACUUGCAAAAUCGUUUAAAGACAGACUAGAUAAAAUUGGAUGUCCUUACACAGAAGGUGUUGAUGAUUCUUGGAUAACUGAGCUCAUCUUCAAACCAGGGGAACCCAGGAUUAGAUUAUUACAAUGGUUAUUUUCUAAAUUUGACAGCCAGUUAAAUGACCUAUUAGAUCCUCAGUAUGCCUCUGUGGAGUCCAAAAUGGAUAGUCGAAUGCAAAGACUUCUGUUUGUGGGAUCUACCCUUGGACUCUGUAGAUAUGAUGAUGUUGAUCUUAUAAGGGGAGUCACAACAGGAUCCAAACAAGCCGCUUUUAUGGAUAAUUUAAUUGACCUUGUAUGCAUAAUGGAUACCGCUGAAGACCCACAGAAUAAGGCAUUAAGGAGUCCAGGUGUUGUCAGUGAUGAGAUGAGUUUAUAUGAACAGUUUACAAGUGACUGUAACUAUAUGGAUACACUAAUGAACCAAGAGAAAAUAGGAGCCAUUUUCAAUUCAAGAUUGACUCUCUUACCAGCAGAUCUACAGAGACAAGUAGAGGCAGCAUGGGCUGAUCAAGGACAUACAAGAGAAAAUCCUCCAAAAGUAAAUGUACAAAAUCUGAUAGAUUCAGCAGAAAAUUUAGCUAAAGAUAUACAGAGACAAAAGGAAAUUUUAGAGGAACUUCAAAAGAAAUAUGAAUAUGAAGAAGAGGAAAUUUCUGAAAAGGAGCGAGUAAAGAAGACCUUACAGCUUGUGUUAACUGAACUGACACAUCUUGUUACCAAUUUCUCAUAUUUAUAUGAAAAUGAAAUGUGUCUUUGGUGUAAUAAAUCUCCACCUUUUCUAUCAGAUCUUGGUACAGCUUUCAAAAGAGUACACAAUCUACUUCAACAAUUUGUUGCAAUGUUGAAAGGUUUUCAGUCAAUCAGACAUUCCUAUUCAAAUCUAAGCCAGGAAGCAUCAAUGAAAUUAAAGAGAUCUGGAAUGAAAUCACAGAAGGAUACUAGUCUUGCAUCAACAGGUCAGGCAGCUUUAGAAAGUUUCCAGGAAUGUGUCAGUGUUUUGGAUGAAUCAAUACAACGUCAUGAUAUGGUAGAUGAAAGUACAAACAUUUCCUUUAGAUCCUCGAUUCUUAAGGUGUGACAGUAAUUACAUCAAAUAUGCAUUUUAUAAUAAUUUAACAAAUUUGUACAUAUAAAUGUCUCAUAAAUAAUAAAAAAUUUACUUCAAUAA